UGACCAACCUCUGCCGAACUUCAUGCUCGUUGCUACACGUCUUUUCCUGAAUAUUAGAGAUAUAUUCCAUGUCAUGGUCUUAAACCAUAUCCCUAUGUCUCGAUUGUAAAAUCUUCUUCCGCGUAGGUGGAUUGUGGCACGUGCUAGCGCAUUUUAGAAAAAAGUUCCAGGACAGGAGAACUCGAGGCUUUCGAUUGAGAAUACCAGCAUCCACGACAACAAGACCGCCUCACGACCUACGCUCCUUGUUGUACAUCUUUGAUCUUUCUAUCUGUAUUGUUUUAAUACCUUGGUUCCCAUCGGGCUUGUUGACUUUCUGGUUUCCCACGAUGUUCAGUGUCUGCAGAAGAGGCCCUGCCUCAAUAUCCAGAGUCCUUCGCGCUGUUCCUUCAACCACAUCUCGUAUCCCAUCAACAAGACCUUCGACACUGUCAUUAUCUCUCCAGAUCUCUUCAAAAUCACCGCUCGAAGCACGGUGGCUGCAUGUGUCGUCGCAAUUGAGAAAUUAUGUUGCCACGGCCGAGAAGGAUUAUGGUGAUUUGCACCCAGGUUCAGCGCCGGCGACAUCCCAAGAAGCAAAAGACGUUACGAAGUUCCAGGAGUUGAUUGAUUAUAAUAUGGUUCAUCCCAAUGUCGUGGAGCAAAUUACGAAGAAGAUGGGACAUCACACCAUGACGGAUGUGCAGUCUUUGACGAUCAACCAAGGCCUUCAGGGUACUGAUAUUGUUGCGCAAGCACGGACAGGUACCGGAAAGACUCUGGGAUUCCUCAUUCCUACUAUCCAGAACAUUCUACGAAAGAGCCCCGAAUUGGCGAUUCGAAAGCGAUACUCCCGAGCUCGAGCUUCAGAUAUCCGAGCCAUCAUCAUUUCGCCUACUCGUGAGUUGGCGGAACAGAUUGCGGUAGAAGCAGAUAAGCUAUGUUACGGAACGGAUUUGAGAGUCCAGGUAGCAGUUGGUGGUAACAGCAAGCGAGCUAUGCUCCAAAAGACAUUGAGAGAAGGUUGCCACAUUCUCGUCGGAACUCCUGGAAGACUGCAAGAUCUGCUGUCAGAUGAAUACAGUGGAGUUAGAGCUCCUAACCUCACCACAUUGGUCUUGGAUGAAGCAGACAGACUAUUGGACCAAGGAUUCUCCAAAGAGGUAGAUGCCAUCCAGGAUUUACUGCCAGACAGAAACGACGUCGAUCGCCAGACACUUCUUUUCUCUGCGACCAUGCCACGAGAAGUCAUGCGACUUGUUCGACAGACUUUGAAGCCCAAUUUCCACUUUGUUCAGGCAGUUAAGGAAGGAGAUCUUGCCACACACGACAAGGUACCUCAGCACAUUGUUGUUACACCUGGUAUGGAGAAUUUUAUGCCAGUACUCCUUGAGCUAUCCAAGCGCGAAAUCGCCAAGGCCGAGGAAGCCAAAAAGACUGGGGCGGAGGUUAGACCAUUCAAAGCAAUUGUCUACUUCUCGUCAACUUCCAACGUCAUUUUAUCGAGCGACAUUUUCCAGAACUUGAAAGGCUCUGGAAGUGGUCUGUUUGGACAACACCCGCUCUACCCCGCCCAGAUCUCUGAAAUGCAUGGUCAACUCAGUCAACAACAACGUACAUAUGUCUCUGACAGAUUCCGCAGAGCCAAAUCAGCUAUCAUGUUUUCCACGGAUGUGACAGCAAGAGGAAUGGAUUUCCCUGGUGUCACGCACGUCAUACAAAUUGGUCUUCCGCCCAACCGCGAACAAUACAUCCACAGAAUUGGCAGAACAGGAAGAGGAGACAAAACCGGAGAUGGAUUCAUCAUCGUUGAUGAAUCUACUCUCGGAGAAGCUCGAAACAUGCUCCGUGGUCUCCCGAUUGUCCCAGACAAAUCUCUAGAAACCGGACAGGUCGACAUGACAAAAGACGCCCAACUACCACAAUCCAUUGCCGAAACCCUCAGCCAAGUCGCUGAAGGCACGAAAUAUGCGAGCCGUAGAACAAAAGAGGCAGCUUACAUGGGAGCACUUGGACAGAUCAGGGGCCGAGGAGGUAAUGCUAUUGUCAAGGCCUUGAAUCAAAUGACCAGAUACGGAUGGGGCUUUGAGAACCCACCACCAAUCUCACCCUCCCUUGCUAGCAAGCUAGGUAUCAGCAGAGCUCCAGGAAUAAACAUUGGCCACAGAGAGCGCGAUGAUAAUGAAGAUGACUUCAGAGGUCGUGAUGGUGGCAGAAAUGGUGGGUUUGGAGGCCGCGAUGGUGGAAGAAGCGGUGGGUUUGGAGGCCGUGAUGGUGGCAGAAGCGAUGGGUUUGGCGGUCGUGAUGGUGAACGAAGCGGUGGUUUUGGGGGUGAUAGAGGGGGCCGCAGUGGCGGAUUUGGAGAAGGGAGAAGUGGUGGAUUCGGUGGUGACAGAGGAGGACGAGGCGGUGGAUUUGGCGGCGACCGUGGAAGACGUGGCGGUGGAUAUGGCUCCGACAGAAGAUCAGGCGGUGAUCGUGGAGGAUCCGGGGGACGAUCCCGCCAAGAGGCCAGCUUUUAAGCAGAGCUGAGAGUGUGAGAGUGAGAAAUCGGUGUAUACUAGACGGCUGGGGCGGAUCUUCUUCAUGCGCCAUUACUCUUUUCAUUGUGUCGAUAUCGCGCGAGCUGGGGUUGUAUCAAAAGAGAUCGGUCGGAGCCAUCAUUCGAGCGGAAGACGCGAGAGUCAGGUCACAGGAUCCAGAGAUGUACGAGCAAAGGACGUACGGAAAGAGGGAGGUAAUUGAGAGAAGCAUGUAGGAAUAGUCACAGGCGUUCUGUCGGGUUGGGUUAGACAUCAUAUCAUUGCAGAGCGUUUGGGACUUGGGGCUGGCUUUUACAACAAGCAAACUAACACCUAUUGGUUCUUGGUUUGGUGCGAGCCUGUGUAACGGCCGCUUUGUAUUUUCAUAGCAGUAAUUCAACCAAACUCUACUUCCACU